GGUGUCCUCCGACGUCCUGAGGGAUGCCCGGAUCCUCGUGCUGCACAUGGGCCGCGAAUUCUCCUUCGACGACUGCGGCCGGGCCUUCACCUGCCUGCCCGCGGAGGACCCCGACGCCCUGGCCGAGGCCCCGGUGUGCAACCUGGACAGCCUGCUGCACACCCUGACGCACCGGCUCUGCGUGGGCUCCCCGCCCGGCCUGUGGGUGUGCAGCACCGACAUGCUCCUCACCGUGCCCUCAGCUCCAGGCAUCGACUGGGACGGCUUCCGGGGCGUCCGAGUGAUCGCCGUGCCCGGCAGCCAGGCCUACGCCAGGAGCCACGGGGUGUACCUCGCUGACGAGCAGGGGCUGGUGCACGACAUCAUCUACAGAGGCACGGAGGCCCAGAUCCAGCAGUGUGCAGGGCCCGAUGGCACCGUCCCGCUGGUCUGCGGCGUGGUUUUCUUCUCCUCGGACGCCGCCGAGCAGCUCCUGGCCACCCACGUCAUCCCGCCCCUGGACGCCUGCACCUACAUGGGGCUGGACUCGGGGGCACCACCCAUCCAGCUCUCCCUCUUCUUCGACAUCGUGCUGAGCAUGGCGCGGGGGGUGACGGAGGAGGACUUUGUGAAGGGCGGCAGCGACGCCAGCGCGAGGAGCGCCCGCUCCGUGCUGUGGGGGUCUCUCCGCGCCUUCCCUCUCAGCAUGGCCUGCGUCCCCGACGCCUCCUACGACUACCUGACGGCGUCCGCGAGCGACCACAUCCGCAGCCUGACGCUCCUGCCCGGCUCCGCCAGCCACCUCCGCUUCUGCAAGACAGCCCACUCCCAGGCCGACCAGCCCUGGCUCCUGGAGGACGGCUCCUCGGUCACCAACAGCCUGCUGGAGGGAGCCGUGCGGCUGGCGGCCGGCAGCGCCAUCCAGCACUGUCACCUCCGGGGUCCCCUGGAGAUCGGCCCCGGCUGCCUCCUCUCGGGCCUCGCAGCGGCCUCCUCGCCGGCCCUGCAGGGCUGUCCCCUGCGCGAUGUCGUCCUGCAGGGCCACCACGUCCGGCUGCGGGACCUGCCCUGCCGCGUGUUCACGCUCAGCGGCCGCCUCGACGACUGGCAGAGCCCCGCCGAAGGUUCCACCUACCUCAACGUGCCCUGGGCCGAGUUUUUCCGUCGGACGGGCGUACGGGAAGGGGACCUUUGGGACGCCGAGACCCCAGCGAGCAGCCGCUGCCUGCUCAGCGCCCGGCUCUUCCCGGUGCUGCACGCCUCCGAGGCGCUGGGGCUGGAGGACGUGCUGUGGCUGCUGGGCCCGGCGGCGGGGCCCGGCGGGCGGCUGGCGCGCUGGCGGGCGGCCUGGCGCAUGUCCUGGCAGGAGCUGCUGCCCUGCCUGGACACGGAGGCCGAGCUGGGCGCCCGCCGGGCCCUCUUCUUCCUGCAGGGCCAGCGCAAGGUGCGCCGGGUGCUGCUGGGGCGCCGGGACGGCAGCCUCCUGCCGCUCAUCCGCAGCGCCGUCCACGAGGGCUACCACGAGGCCGUGCUGGGCACGCUGGAUGAGGUUGCCUCCAUGGCCGACGACGCGGGUGUCGCGGCUCGGGCGCUCGCCUGCAUCGCCGACGUGCUGGGCUGCCUGGCACACGGGGAGGGGGGCUUGCGCAGCGGCCCCGCGGCCAACAGCCAGUGGGCUUCGGCUUUCAGGCGCCUGGAGAGCGGGGACGUCGCCGGCGGCGUGCGGGAGCUGGCAGCCGAGCGGCAGAAGUGGAUGAGCGGGCCGGACCUGCUGGUGAGAGCGGCCCGGCACUACGAGGGGGCCGAGCAGAUCCUCAUCCGGCAGGCGGUGAUGUCCUCCUGCCGGUUCGUCAGCGUGCGGCCGGCGGAGCUGCCGCCCUUGGGGUGCUGGGUGCAGGCGCUGUGCCCGGCCCGCCUCGACCUCUCCGGGGGCUGGAGCGACACCCCCCCGGUCACCUACGAGCACGGGGGGGCCGUGGUGGACGUGGCGGUGCUGGUGGACGGGUGCCGGCCCAUCGGCGCCCGCGUGCGGCGCAUCCCCGAGCCGGAGCUGCGCCUCGUCAGCCUGGGCGGCACGCCGCGGGGCAAGGCGGUGGCCGAGCUGGUGUGCCGGGAGCUGGAGGACCUGAGGGAUUACUGCCAGCCGCACGCCCCAGGGGCCUUGCUCAAAGCUGCCUUCAUUUGCACCCAGAUCGUGCAGUUCCCCUCGCAGGAACCCCUGCGGGCCCAGCUGAUGCGGAGCUUCGGGGGCGGCUUUGAGGUGCACACCUGGUCCAAGCUGCCCCAUGGCUCCGGCCUCGGCACCAGCAGCAUCCUGGCGGGAGCAGCGAUGGCCUCGCUGUACCGGGCGGCCGGCAAGGCCGCGAGCACCGAGUCCCUCGUCCACGCCGUGCUGCACCUGGAGCAGAGGCUGACCACGGGCGGAGGUUGGCAGGACCAGGUGGGCGGGCUGGUGCCCGGCAUCAAGAUCGGGAGGUCGAAGGCGCAGCUGCCGCUCCGCGUGGAGGUGGAGGAGAUCCCGGUGCCCGAGGGCUUCGCCCGCACCCUCAGCGAUCACUUGCUGCUGGUGUACACGGGGAAGACUCGCCUGGCUCGCAACCUGCUGCAGGACGUGGUGAGGAACUGGUACGCCCGGCUGCCCUCCGUCGUGCAGAACGCCCGCGCGCUGGUGAGCAACGCCGAGGAGUGUGCCCGGGCCCUGAGGCAAGGUGACCUGCCGCUCGUCGGCACGUGUCUGGACCGCUACUGGCAGCAGAAGAAGCUCAUGGCCCCCGGCUGCGAGCCGCUGGCUGUCGGGCGCAUGAUGGGCGCCCUCCGGCCCUACGUCCAUGGGCAGUGCUUGGCCGGGGCUGGCGGCGGCGGCUUCCUCUACGUCCUCACCAAAGCCCCGCGGCAGAAGGAGGCUUUGCACCAAAUUCUGGCCAAAACGGAGGGGCUGGGUAACUUCAGCAUCCACAGCAUCGAAGUGGAUACGGGGGGUGUCUCGGUGGAGGUUGUGGGAUGUGAGCUGGACGGCAGCGCUCCUCCGGGGGAGGACGUGGCUGUGUGAGCGCCUCAGCUCUGCCCCGCUCAUCACGGACACGCAGGGCUGAGGAGCCAGGCAGCAGGGACGUUCCCCUCAGGGCUGUCCCCUCCCCGAGGGCUCUGACAGAGGCAUCAGUGCCCCAGGGCGCACCGUGUGGGAGCAGCACCGACCCCAGGCUUGUCAGCAGGACUCCCGGGGGCUCCCCGGCUUUGAUGUGGCUUUUUUGUGCUGCUGCUUGGCCUGAAAAGCCGCAGGCUGGAGGGGCUGCGCUGAGCUGGGCAGGCAGAAAGCCGUGCUGGAAGGACAG